GGAGACCACGAUGGAGUGAGACCUCCUCAACCUGCCGCGACCACCUCCCCUGCGAGCAGAUAGAUAAAUGCUAGAGGAGACCAUGACCCUGCUGUCCCUGCUAGGUCGGAUCAUGCGUUAUUUCCUGCUCAGACCCGAGACCCUGUUCCUGCUGUGCAUCAGCCUGGCUCUGUGGAGCUACUUCUUCCACACGGACGAGGUGAAGACCAUCGUCAAGUCCAGCCGGGACGCGGUGAAGAUGGUGAAGGGGAAGGUGGCGGAGAUGAUGCAGAACGAGCGCUUCGGAGGGCUGGACGUCCUGGACGCAGAGUUCUCCAAGACCUGGGAGUUCAAGAGCAGCACCGCGGCCGUGUACUCCAUCCAGGGCCGGAGGGACCACAUGGAGGACCGGUUCGAGGUGCUCACCGACGUGGUCAACAAGAGCCACCCGUCUAUCUUCGGUGUUUUUGACGGCCACGGAGGAGAGGCUGCUGCUGACUUUGCCAAGGCCCACCUGCCCGAGGCUCUCCGCCAGCAGCUACUGGCCUAUGAACGGGAGAAAGAGCGAGACAGAGAAAAAGAAAAAGAUGAAAAGAAAGAAAGGGGUGGCCCCUCCUAUCCUUCCAUCCUGGAGAAGCAGAUCCUGACGCUGGACAGAGAAAUACUGGAUAAGCUGUCUGCCACUUACAAUGAAGCAGGUACCACAUGUCUGGUGGCCCUGCUGUCCGAUAAGGAGCUGACCGUGGCCAACGUCGGAGAUUCACGCGGAGUCCUUUGCGAUAAAAACGGCAAUGCUAUUCCUCUAUCGCACGACCACAAACCUUACCAGCUCAAGGAGCGCAAGAGGAUCAAGAAGGCUGGUGGUUUCAUCAGUUUCAACGGUUCGUGGCGCGUCCAGGGCAUCUUGGCCAUGUCCCGUUCUCUGGGCGACUACCCCCUGAAGAACCUCAACGUGGUCGUUGCGGAUCCUGACAUCAUGUCCUUCGACCUGAACAAGGUACAGCCGGAGUUCAUGAUCCUGGCGUCCGACGGCCUGUGGGACACCUUCAGCAACGAGGAGGCGGUCCGCUUCAUCAGGGAACGAUUGGACGAGCCUCACUUCGGCGCCAAGAGCAUCGUCCUCCAGUCCUUCUACCGUGGCUGCCCUGACAACAUCACCGUCAUGGUGGUAAAGUUCAAAAGCAAGGCCAGCGAGAAGUAGACCACCCAACUACCACAUGCAGUAUCAAUAUCUUGUUUGAAUAGGCUUAAGAGGAAAGAUUUACCGAGUGAGCCAACAACUUUCUGAGCAAGAACUAUAUCUCUCACAGAUAUUUACAGAGGUUUGCCCAUCGACGCAUCAACCACGCCCCCUACUUUACUUUUAAUGAGGUAAAAGUGACACAAGUAAGGAAAUGUCUUUUAUUUGUGUAUAGCCAUAUCUAUGAGACACCGUUAUGUGGGAUUAUUCACUGUCAUGCAAAUAAACAGAUUGAGCUGUGCGUGUGUGUGUGUGUGUGUUUAGACUACCUUUGGGGACAGAUUUCAGAUUUAAAACCAGUGCUGGAUGGCUGUGUCCACAAUUGGGGGGAAAAACUUAUAAUUGGGUGAAUUGUUACUAAAAGGUUUGGGUAAGAGUUAGGGUUAUUCAGGUUUUGAUUAGUGUAAAGUCCCAAAAUUGACUGUGUGUGUGUGUGUGUGAGUGUGUGAGUGUCUCACAUUAACCACCACUUCAUUUAUUAGCCAACAACAACCGAUUUAUUGGAACAGAAUUUCCACUUCUAUAUUAUUUCAAACGUGAUGCCUUUCACUCAACAUUGAUGUGACCACUGAUUAACUUUCAAAUAAAUUUUCCACAUCUUCUUAUUGUAUCUAUGUCCACCGGGAGACUGCACUGAAAAUUCUGUAAUUCAACACGUUUCAUGCAAAACAUGAAUUUGAAUUACUUCCCUUUAUUCAUAAAAAACGUCCUAUAAACUUGUUACAAUUAUACAAUUAAUACAUGUGCAGCAAUAGAACAGAUUACAUUGUUACCUCACAUUUGCUGAAUGCAAGACUUCUCGAUGUGAGAAUGAAGUGUUUUGUCUUGAAUGGCCCCCUCUUUACUUUUGAAUGUUGUUUUUUCACUUAAAAUAACUACUAGUUUUUGAUUAUCAAUUAUUUUGAAAACUGAUCAGGCUCCUUGUAACAACUGAUAAUGUAGCAUCUGUUUGAUAGUAACGCAGCUUGUCACAGUGUCAUUUUAAAUGGUUAUAAAAUCGAAUACAGUCUUUUGAACUAAUACAUUUCCAGACCGUGUGGUGAUAUUGAAGUAACAUCUCACUGACAGCAAUAACACUGACUUUAAUCGUACAAACCUGUAAGAAGAAGAUAAAAUGUUGAGUUUUCAAAAUAAUAAUAAUAAUUUAUAUAAUAAUUGGCCUUAAUUUUAUUACUAAAUGAUC